AUGCAAAUCUGGCAAAUGGAAGCUUAUCCAUGUGGAGAUCGUCGCCUUCCACAUCACGUCUUCCCGCCAAAAAAAUUGACCACAACCGACUUGUCGUCAUUGGCUGGCGUCCAAUAUUACAAGGUCGAUUUGGAGGAUACUGCUGCCAUGAAGAAGCGUCUAUCGGCUGUGAAAUCGGAGAAGAAUGUCAACUUCUCUGACAUGUUCACUGUUGCUGAAACUAUGCCUGAAUUCGAGGACAAGUGCGAGCAGUUCUAUGAGCCGCAUGUUCAAAACGAGGAUGUCAUCUCGCUCGUUAUCGAUGGAACUUGCUACUAUGAUGUUGAGCCCGAGGACGAUCAAUGGAUCAGAGUCCAACUUGAGAAGGGAGAUCUUCUCAUCAUUCCAAAAGGUCUUUCUCAUAGAUUCACUGUUACUCCAAAGAACUAUGUCAAAAUUCAGCGUUUCUUCUCACGCAAAACUGAAAAUCAAGGAUAA